GCGCAGCUCAGACUCCGAGCAACCGCCGCGGAGCAGCCAAGCAACCACCUUCCCCUGCCCGUUCCCGCGCCCGGGCCGGGGCUAGGCCCCCCACCGCCGGGUCUCCGGGGGCUGCAGCAGAGGCGGCGGCGACAGCGGCGCCGCCCGCGGUUCCCACCGGGGCCCGGGCGCCGGCCCCGCUCUGCAGGAUGGGCACGGUGCUGUCUCUUUCCCCCGCCUCUUCGGCCAAGGGCCGGAGGCCCGGCGGGCUGCCCGAAGAGAAGAAGAAAGCGCCGCCCGCGGGGGACGAGGCUCUGGGGGGCUACGGGGCGCCGCCAGCAGGCAAGGGCGGCAAAGGCGAGAGCCGACUCAAGCGGCCGUCAGUGCUCAUCUCCGCGCUUACCUGGAAGCGCCUGGUGGCCGCGUCCGCCAAGAAGAAGAAAGGCAGCAAGAAGGUGACGCCCAAGCCGGCGUCCACUGGCCCCGACCCCCUGGUCCAGCAACGCAACCGCGAGAACCUUCUCCGCAAGGGCCGGGACCCCCCAGACGGCGGCGGCGCCAACAAGCCACUGGCGGUGCCGGUGCCCACCGUGCCGGCGGCCGCCGCCACCUGCGAGCCGCCGUCGGGGGGCAGCGCGGCCGCCCCGCCGCCGGGUUCGGGCGGGGGAAAGCCGCCGCCGCCGCCACCCCCAGCCCCUCAAGCGGCGCCGCCGGUGCCUGGCGGCUCGCCGCGGCGGGUCAUCGUGCAGGCGUCCACCGGCGAGCUGCUGCGCUGCCUGGGCGAUUUCGUGUGCCGACGCUGCUACCGCCUCAAGGAGCUGAGCCCGGGCGAGCUGGUGGGCUGGUUCCGCGGAGUGGACCGCUCGCUGCUGCUGCAGGGCUGGCAAGACCAGGCCUUCAUUACGCCCGCCAACCUGGUGUUCGUGUACCUGCUGUGCCGCGAGUCGCUGCGCGGGGAUGAGCUGGCGUCGGCAGCCGAGCUGCAGGCCGCCUUCCUCACCUGCCUCUACCUCGCCUACUCCUACAUGGGCAACGAGAUCUCAUACCCGCUCAAGCCCUUCCUCGUGGAGCCCGACAAGGAGCGCUUCUGGCAACGCUGCCUGCGCCUCAUCCAGCGGCUCAGCCCCCAGAUGCUGCGGCUCAACGCCGACCCCCACUUCUUCACGCAGGUCUUUCAAGACCUCAAGAACGAGGGCGAGGCCGCCGCGGGCGUCGGGGGUCCACCCAGCGGGGGGGCGCCCGCGGCCCCCGCCUCCUCCUCGGCCGCCAGGGACAGCUGCGCGACCGGAGCCAAGCACUGGACUAUGAACCUGGACCGCUAGGGAUUCCCAAGGGCCGCGCCCGCACCCCGCCCCAGCCCCUGACACGCACUCGGAGCCCCCGGGACCAUCAAGCCGCCGCCGCUGUUACCGCCGCUCCGUGCCGUGGCCGGAGGAGGAGCCGCCCCUGUCCCGCAGGGGAAGGUGGAGGCCAGGACGCCAGAGGCCGCGGCUCUGGAUUUGCUGGGCACAGGGUGGGGGUGGGGGAUGAGCGCGGGAGGGGGACCCCCAACCUCACCCUUUCUGUCUGCCUGUGCCCCCAUCUCUCCAAUUCUACCCGGGUCUCCUCCUUCCCUUCCGUGUGUGUCUGUAAAUCCAUCUCCCUCGAUUUUGACCGUUUGCUCGCCUCCUUCCUGUAUCUUCAUCUUUCCUCCUGUCUGCCUUCACAUCUCCUUCUCUGCCUUUCCAUUUUCCGUACCCUUGGUGUGUAUUUCCGUCUCCAGCUUACCCCCUAUCCGACUAUCAUUGCCCCCCUUUCCCCUUUCUCUUUCUGCACCCGUGUCCCCAUCUCCCCUUCUCGUUCUCUUUUCCUUGCUUCUGACAUGUGUCACCGUCUUCCCUCCUGUCUGCUCACCCCCACCCCCCCGCCUAUGUCAGCUUGCAUUUCUUCCCCCUACUGAGCACCCCAUAUCCCCUUUCCCAGACCAAAGGGAAUAUCAAUUCUUGAUUUGGACUGACUUCGGUGCGGGGAGAAACUGCAGCCCCAGGAGCCCAGACAACAACCAGGAUGGUCCUUCGCCCCACCCCCACCUCCUGUCCCUACCUUUUCCAACGUGUUGCAUGCCGGGAGUUGGGGGGGGGGGAGGGAGAUGCCGGCUUCAGGAGGCCGAGGUUUGGGAGCAAAAUCAACCUAGGAGGCCAUCCCGGCGGCGACGGCGCCUCAGCGGAAGGGCGGGAGGAGACAGAAACUCUUCUUACUCUGGGGGAGGGGUACCCCUCUUCCGUAUCUUUGGGUGUUUUUGUUCCUCCCCUUUUAAUUUAUUUGGUUGUUUCCAGAGGGAGGGGGGAGGGGGGGGGGGCCGGGAGCUGUCUGAGGUGCUGAUUUGAGGCCGGACCGGAAUCUUCCCGGGAAGGUACCAGGGACUGGGUUGGGCCUGGUGCCGUGUCCAAGGUGCCAAUGAUGCGGGCCGACGGCGCGGGCUGCACUGUCUGUCUGUCCGUCUGUCCCGGAGAGAACUAUAAAGCGCUGGAAGCGCCUGCA